CUCUACGGUGACUUCGGAUGCCAAUACUACGCAUUCAUGGGCUUCCUCAUGGGAAUCGCCAACCUCACAACCCUCCUCAUGAUCGCCCUGGACCGCUACCUCGUCACCUGCAGGCAUGAUCUACGAGGAAAGCUGACCUACCGCCGCUACUACCAGAUGAUCGCCUUCAUUUGGGUGUGGGCGCUGUUCUGGUCCGUCUGCCCGCUGCUAGGAUGGGCGAGCUACGGCUACGAGCCUUCCGUCACGACCUGCACCAUCAACUGGCAGCAGAACGACACCAGCUACAAGUGGUACAUCAUGACGGUGACGGUGCUGGUGUAUUUCGUCCCGCUGUGUCUCAUGUGCUCGUGUUACUACCAGGCUGCCAAGUUCCUGCACAGGGCCCACGAGACCGGGGACGCCGUGUACUCGUACGACUGGGCGAGUGAGAGGAACGUGACGAAGAUGGGCGGCGUCUUGGUCUUGACUUACCUCUUUUGCUGGUCCGCCUAUGCCGUGGUCUGCGUGUGGACUGUGUUUCCGGCACCCGUACACUGUCCCUCUGGUCCUUACAUUGCUGCCGCCCUCAUGGCUAAGGCGUCCCCGUGCUCAACCCGAUCAUCUACUUCUACUCACACCCUCGCCUGAAGAAGGGCAUGGUCGCCACCCUCACCUGCUGCUUCAAGGAGCCGCCUCCGGAGCUCCUGG